AUGGCGACCUUGAACAUCUUUGCUAUGAUAUUUUUGCUCCUCGUGGUGGUUGGGGCAGUAGUUGCGCUCGUAUAUUUUACGUCCACCACUGACGACACGACCACAACCGAAACAACGACUACGGGCAGCACCAACACGGCCGCAGACUUUACUACUACUACUACUACUACUACUACUACUGGAGCACUGACUAACCGAUCAUGUACUACUACUAGUGGUGGUGGCGGCAAUCGUCGAAUGCCGCGCCUUGGGCUCGGUGUGUACGCUGGACAAGAGGCCAAGGGGCUGGAUGUGGGCUUUGAGUGGAGAUACUACAGCAUGGCCGAGCUCAGCAGCCCCACCACCAGGGGCGAGUACGACUGGACGACCCUGGAAAAGGAUCUGGCCGGCGCCAAGUCCCGUGGCCGGCCAAUGGUCGUGCGGAUCCAGGACCAGAGUGUCACCAACUCGGGUGACUACCAAAAGUCUUUACUGCCCCCGUACGUGAGCCAGCCGAACAAGUUUGUGGGAACGCGGAUAGCGUACCUGCAAGCGGGCUGGGGGUUCUGGAGCGAGAGCCACCUGUACCACGACGGCACCAACUAUAUCAAGCACGGGGUCAACUAUCCUUCGAAAGAGUACCAGGCCAAGUUUGUGGACCACUUUGCCGGCCUGUUCAAGUGUCUGACGUUUUCGUUUAGCAUCGACGGCGCGCUCAGCGGACUGCCCCUGGACGAUUUGAGGUACGGGGUCUUUAACGACUCGUUGACAGCCAAGGGUAGUAGUAGCCAGGACACGUACUAUACGAAACUGAAUUUUGCGGAGCGCAACAAGACCCGGCCAAGCGGCGGCGAGUUCCCCGACUCGAUCAAGACGCCGUUUGGGAUGCGGCUCUCCUGGAACGAGUCAAAAAGUACAAUGUGCAGUACGUGUUUGCGAAUCAGGCAGCGCGAGGACCCGAACUGGGACCAGGCCGUGGCGGCGGUGAUGCAAACGUGA